AUGCCUGUUCUCGGUUACUGGGACUCACGAGGGUUGGGUGGCCCUAUCCGCCUUCUUCUUGCCUACUGCAAAGAGGACUUUGAAGAUAAACACUUUGUGUGUGGUGAUGGUCCUGAAUUCAGCAUGGAGUGUUGGCACAGCGUGAAGGAUACCCUUGGUCUACCAUUCCCAAAUCUGCCGUAUUACAUUGAUGGGGACGUCAAGAUAACACAGAGUAAUGCCAUCUGCCGCCACAUUGCUCGCAAGCAUGACCUCUGCGAGUUUAAAAUAAUAGAAAAAGGAUAA